CCAUUUACAUAUGAAAACAGGAGACGGCAGACGCAUUGAAGGUUGCACCAGUAUGGCACCUUCUUCCCCUAUAGUUUUCUCGGUGAGACGUAGCCCGCCGGAGUUAGUGGUGCCGGCAGAGAAAACACGUAAUGAAUUGAAGCGACUGUCAGACAUAGAUGACCAAGAAGGCCUCCGUUUUCAGCUUCCAUUUAUUAUGUUUUACUCAAACAAUAAUCCGUUGAUGCUACAGAAAGACCCCGUGAAGGUCGUUAGAGAAGCUUUAGCUAAAGCACUGGUGUAUUACUAUCCCCUCGCCGGCAGGCUUAGAGAAGGACAUAACCGGAAACUUACGGUGGAUUGCACCGGAGAAGGUAUCUUGUUCGUUGAAGCUGAGGCGGACAUCACACUCGAGCAGCUUGCUGACACAAUUCAACCGCCAUGCCCAUAUAUUGAUGAGCUUCUACAUGAUGUGCCUGGCUCUAACGCUAUCCUUGGAUGCCCUUUGCUACUCAUUCAGGUGACCCGUCUGCUAUGUGGGGGAUUCAUCCUGGCAGUACGACUAAACCACACCAUUAGCGAUUCUCUUGGGUUGGUCCACUUCCUUAACACUGUUUCAGAGAUGGCAAAUGGUGCAGAUGCACCAUCGCAGCAGCCUGUGUGGCAAAGAGAGAUCUUUAGUGCGCGAGACCCACCACGGAUAACAUGCGUACAUCACGAGUACGAGGAGCAGGUGAUUGAUAACAACAACACAACAGCAAUAUUAAUGGAGGACAGCAUGGUCCAUUGGUCGUUCUUUUUCGGUCCCAAAGAGAUGAGAUCAAUACGGGGGCAUCUUCCACCACACCUUCGGACAUCCUCCACCUUUGAGAUACUCAGCGCUUGUUUAUGGAGAUGCCGCACGAUUGCCCUUCAGUUCGAUCCCAAUGAGGUUGUUCGUCUAUCACCCAUGAUAAAUGCACGCGGUAAGCAAGGGAUACAAGUGCCUGAUGGAUAUUAUGGCAAUGCAUUUGCUUUCCCAACUGCAGUUACAAAGGCUGGAUUACUCUGCGAAAAUCCUUUAGAAUAUGCAUUGGAGAUGGUGAAGAAGAAAAAGUCAGAAAUGAGUGAAGAGUACAUCAGAUCAGUGGCAGAUCUCCUGGUGAUCAAAGGACGCCCUAAGUAUACAACAGCUGGGAACUAUCUUGUUGCUGAUACAACACGUGUCGGCUUUGGAGCCAUUGAUUUCGGGUGGGGCAAGCCGGUUUAUGGGGGUCCGAGCGGGGCCAUACCAUUUAUAAGCUUCUAUGCAAGUUUCAGAAACAGCAAAGGUGAGGAUGGGGUUGUAGUGCCGAUAUGGUUGCCAUUGCCUGUAAUGGAAAGAUUUCAACAAGAGCUGCUGAAAAUAAUUGAUCAGAAGCCGAAUAGGAUUAUGUCCAUGCUCUAAAGCAGUUGUUGUAGAAGAUAUAUUAUGUUUUUAUUAUAUAUAAAUUAAGGUAUGGCAAAUAAAAAGUUAACAUGUAGAAAGUAUUAGUGAUCGGAUUUAUGCCCUAAAAGUCGGCCACUUUCAUAUGUAUAUUGUAAGAGUCCAUGGCCUUACUCUCAAAAGACACCUUAGGAAAGGGGGACACUUAAUACACCCACUCACGUGUGGCACUAUUGUCCGAACACGUGUAUUGCAUCAAUACGGCAACAGGAGGGAAGGUCCAAUCCUCUCUCUAAGACGCUUUGAGAGAGAAGGGGGUGUACAUGGCUUAUAAAGUCUACAAGACAAGGAUUUCUUAGCAAUGUGGGACACUUUAACAUAUAUAUGUAUUACUUUUUCGGUUUAUUAAUAAAGUUGUUUGUUUUUCUGAAUUU